AUGAAGGACAUAGUAGAGUGCUGUUAUGAAGAGAAUUUGGCGGAAGAUUACGACGACGAUGACGAUUUGGAAGAUGGGACGGAGUAUGUGCGCAUAGUGCCGCAGCCGCGUGGCUUGCUGGUGCCACGUCGUCGAACUCGUGCUCGUAUCCCUGUUCACAGUCGCAUUUCGUAUCCGGUUUGGCGUAGCAGAUUCAGUGGUGGCUUUAUACGCAGAAUUGAUGUUGGAAGACCUCGUGCGUUUGGAUCGUUACGAUACUCGAAUAGAAAUACACGCUUCGUCAGAAAUAGCUCCAGUGGCAGCAGCAAUCUGUGGCGUCCACGGAGCAUGAUUGCAAGAAAUCGUGCACCUCGUUACCGGAACAAUCGUAGUUUCAGAUGGAUUGCCCCGCAGUUCAGCAAUAAGCGAGCAACGAUAACGAGGGAAGAAUUGGACAGGGAUCUUGAAGAGUACAUGAAGAAAGGAAAGCACCCACCAAUCGAUGUUUCUGAUCUCAAAUAG